AUUUAGACCGGGAUGCAAAGCCCCAAAAGUCGAUUUCUUGUGACCACCGUUAGGCAACUACCUUAUAUUCUCAGAUAUUAUGUAUAAAUAUUAUAAAUGUCUUGUCUCAAACUCGACAAGCGUAACGAUGGAACAUUUUUUAGUAAUUUGAAAAAAACCGAGAAAAAUAUAUUUUUUUUAGCACGAUCGUAAACCAACCAGCUUGCGCGUUUCACCUGCUUAUGAAAGGAUGAAUCCUUUCUUGACCAAUCGCAUCCCUCGUUGCAAUUCACCUUCACUGUACAAGAUGGACGCGUACACGUCGUCAUCAAUGUCGUCGGAAGCUGAUGAUUCUGAGGGAAAAACGUCUUCUUACUGUUUCAUGCACGCAAUCGACACACAUGGAAGAGUUAUUCCCUUUUCAGAGAAAAGCUUCAACAAGUUUUUAGAGUGUUCCACCCUAUGGAAAGAGUUAGAAAAUCGUCCGGAAAGUGUCAUCGCAUCCAAAGCAGACGGUCUUCAAUUUGACGAUGUAUGCACAACAACAAGAAAACGACAAGGGAGGGCAGGAUACCACGUAGAGUGCUACCGGCACUUCUGUAAUCUCACUUCCAUCAGGCGAGCCAAGGAUAAGUCGAGGAAAGCACAGAUAUCAACAGAAGUUGAUGGAGUUUUGGCAGCAAGGAACCUUCAGGAGACGUCAGAUGCGUGGGUUGAGCCAGAGCCAAAGCGUCUGUUACGGUCAGAUGCCACCAGCAGCCCCUGUCCAGGCAGACCUCAUGUCCUACCCAUUGAGUGUGUAAUAUGUAAGAGUACCAAGUAUGUUAAAGAAAGUUUUUCUCAGAAAAGGAAAGUAGAGAGGCUUAUAAGAUGUGAAACACUUUCAGGGGGGCAACUUGUUAAAGCUGCUGAAAUCCGCAACGAUGAGAAAUUGCUCCUUAAAAUCAGGGGAAAAGAUCUUGUAGCACUCGAAGUUCGUUAUCACCGGUCUUGUUACCUAUGUUAUUGUAGAGUAGUGAAACCUAAAGUAGAAAGUGAUGUCCAUUUGAAGCAGAGCUAUGUGGUCUCGUAUGUUAAGUUCUGCCAAAAUGUAAUAGAAAGGAGGAUAAUACGUGGGCAGGAAAUUCUUCGUCUGACCAAGCUCUUGAAGCUUUUUGUUAAGACAGUAAAAGAGGUAGAAGGUUUGGAAGCAGCAAACUACAAAAGUGCGAACCUGAAACGAAGAUUGAAAGAGUCCUACCCUGUCCUGUGUUUCAGCAGACCAUCACGACAGUACGAAAGCGAAAUAGUAUUCGUAGAGAGCCUUGGUGUGGAGGAUGUCAUAGAGUCAGCUGUAGUUGAUGUUUCCAGUGAGGAAAGUCAGAGUGAGAGUGACGGUAGUAUGUAUACUACAAAGCAAGUACGUACAGAUGAGCGCAGUCUGAGAACUUUAUAUGCUGCUGCACAAAUCAUCAAGACUUCGCUAGAUGACAUGGACAUGAAGACAACCUGGCCUCCAACAUCUGAUGACCUUAACAUCACGCAAAGUAAGAAGCUCAUCCCUUGGCAACUUUUCAAUUUUCUUGGAUGGAUGUCAGGAGUCAGUCACGAGCCAAGAGAAGAGAAAGUAACAGUUUCUACAGAUGAUGAAAGAAAGGUUCUCUCCAUAGCACAGGACAUUGUAUAUCUGAAAACUAAAGGGAGAUGUGUUUUACCAAAACACCAUGCACUAGGGAUGUCAGUAAGGCACCUAACAGGGUCAGCUAAACUCAUUGGCAUCUUGAAUGGGCUCGGCCACAGUGUGUCAAGGUCCGUAGUACUUGCACAUGAUACUGCCCUUGCCAAACGACAACUUGCCUUGGGUGAUCAAAUACUUCCGGAUGGUGUUCAGCCUAUCUUCACCACUCUUGUUUAUGAUAACAAUGAUUUUGGAGAGGAAACUGUAAGUGGCAAAGGUACUACUCACAAUACCAAUGGAAUCAUUGUCCAGCAUCCCAUUACCCAACCAGAGCGAGAACCUUCAAAGAUUGCGAUACCAAAGUCCAGGAAGAUAGCAUUCGAAGUCCCUCCAGUGGAGCUCGUGACUUACUUUGGACGUAGGAAAAUUGGACCUCAACCAUUUGACAGACUUGGCCUGGAGUGUGAGGAGUACCAAGAUGCACAGAGGUAUGCAAGAGAUAUUGACAUAGCCUGCAGGCUGUUGAAGACGGUAGAGGUUGGUGAGAAAUUGCUCCCAGGAUGGACAGGAAUGAAUGUCAUGCUGACUAAACCCGUCUCAAAGCAGUGUACUGUCGGCUACCUUCCAAUAAUUGAUGCAAGUCCAACAGAAUUUGACACAGUUAACACCAUUCUCACUACUACCCUGUCAAUAGCCGAUGCCCUCAAGCAGGAAUCAGUUGUACUUGUUUUUGACCAGGCCAUCUAUUCAAAGGCCCAGCAGAUACGAUGGGUGAAUGAAAUUUUCCGCAAGAGGAUCGUCAUUCGUUUGGGUGCAUUUCACACUGCCCUAUCAAUGCUUGCAUGUAUCGGGAAACGGUUUGGAGAUGCUGGUUUGGAGAACCUCAUGAUAGAGUCGAAUAUUGUAGCCCAAGGUUCCAUUAACGGGGUUAUCAGUGGACACCACUACAAUCGAAGCAUCCGAGCUCACAAGUGUAUCAUGGAAGCCAUGGAACGUCUACGCUGGCAAGCCUACAUAAGCUCCCUCUCAGAUGUGGACUACGCAUCAACAUACGAGAUCCUUGCUAAGCUUCAAUCGGAUUUUCCCACUUCUUCUUUCACAGAGUUUGUGCGAGGAGAAGAAUUUCAGGCUAUGGCAUCUUCCUAUCGUUCUUUUGUGAAACAACGUUCAACACAAGAUCCAACAUUUGCUCUGUGGUCAAGCUACAUAGAGAUGGUGGAAGUCAUCCUCCUGUUUCUGCGGGCUACAAGGCAAGGAGACUGGCAAUUACACCUUUCUUCAAUUCGCAGCUUCCUUCCCUGGUUUUUUGCAUAUGAUCGCACCAAUUAUGCAAGAUAUCUACCUGCCUAUUGGCAUGAGAUGAGUCAUCUUCCCAACAGUCAUCCUCUAAUCUACAAGGCUUUCAUGGAAGGGAAGUUUGUUGUCCAUCGUCAGACAGAACACGGAUUCUGUGGAGUGGCUUGUGACCAGACAAUUGAACAAACUUGCAACAGGGACACAAAAACAAAAGGCGGCAUGAUUGGCUUCACAAGGAACAAAGGGGCGGUUGCCCGUUGGCUUCUCUCCCAACAUGAAAGAAGUGCAAUCAGCAAGCAAUGUGAAGAGAUGGCUGGAAAGGACCACACAUCUGCACUUAAAAAAGAUCUAACUGUGUCCAACAUGGAGAAAGUUGAAGGGGAUGUCUGUGCAGUUGUCGAAACAGUAGAGGCCAUGAUCAAUCCCUUCCAAGAAAAUAACGAAGAACUCCUUCACUUAGCAUCCGGAGUGAUAGCUUCUGCUGAUGUCUGCAAGGACUAUACUGCAGCAUAUACAAGUGGGGAUGAGGCUUUUAAGACAUUCUGUGAAGAACGUCUUCAGGGAGAUGGAGACUUGUUCAAAGUCCUUAAAAAGCAGAAAAGAAAAUCCUUCGCUACUAUGAACAAGGCCUCGACGACAAAAGUAAAGGGGAAAGAGGUAACCAUCAAAGCAGAUCGCAACCUUUUUCAGCGUUUGGUGAUUAUUGCAGGAGCUAGGAAACUGGAUAUUCGCAAUAUGAUGACAUAUAAUCUCGGUCCUCUCCCACUUGCUCUUGCCACCAUCGACGGUUCAUUAACCAAGACUACAAAGGCUUCCUUACUUCAUGCCAUUGAAUCAAGUGUAGAGCCUGCUCCUGUGGUGGAAGGUAUUCCACUUAACAGUGUUUGGAUUGUUGAUGGGAUGGCGAUGCUGCAAGAAAUCCCUCAGAAGGCUGUGCCAGGUACUUUUGGUGAACUGUCAGAGUGUGUAAUUCAACAGCUGGUUCGCCUUGCACAUAGUGCCCACUGUGACACUGUACACUUUGUGGUCGACACUUACCGAUCCCUGAGCAUCAAGGCAGGAGAGCGAGGAAGACGAGCUGCAAGUGGAAGCCAGCUCACAAAGAUCUAUGGUACUGAGCAAAAGGUGCCCAACCAGUGGAAGAAAUUUCUUUCAUGUAGUCAAAACAAAGAAGCCUUGAUCCGCUUCCUCUUCAAGACGUGGAAAGAGAACCCAACCCUGCUUCACGAUAUCAAAGUUAUCUUGGCUCAUGAUGAGGAAUGUCAUUCGCUGCAAAAUAUGGAUGGCACAGUCAAGGUAGUAGUUGUAAGGGAACUUGAAUGCAACCACGAAGAAGCGGAUACCAGGCUUUUCUUGCAUUGUCAGUAUGCUGCUGCAUCUCUCCCUUCAUCUUCAAGCAGUACACCAACAGUCAUCAUAAAGAGCCCAGACACUGAUGUUUUUGUUAUUGGUGUAGCCAAGGCUGACCAGAUUCAGGCCCAGCUACUCUUCCACACCGGUAGAGGCAAUAACAAGCGUACACUCAACCUGACAGCUAUACGAUCUCAUCUCGGAGAUAGUGUUGCUAAUGCUCUCAUUGGCCUCCAUUGCUUUUCAGGCUGCGACUCAACAAGCUGUUUCUAUGGCAGGUCUAAGAAAAAACCAUUGAAACUCAUGACUGAAUCUGUUGAUUUCCAAGCAGCUUUCCAAAAGUUUGGUGCUACAUUCUCAGUAGAAGAAAGUCUGGUAGACACAAUGGAGAAAUUUGUGUGCAGACUGUAUGAUCAAGAUUGUACUAGUGUUAAUACAGCUCGAUACAAUAAGUUCUUGAUGGGCACUAAAGCUGAAAUGAAUAUGCCCCCCACACAUGAUGCCCUAGUAAAACACCUCAUGAGAGCUAACUAUCAAUCUGCUAUACAUACCAGAUGCCUUGAACAAUAUCCUGUGAUCCCUAGUCCACACAAUCAUGGAUGGAAGGUAACGGACACAAACAUAGAAGUAGUGUGGGGUGACCUUCCACCUGCACCAAGUACCCUGCUUGAGCUUACAUAUUGCAGUUGCAAGAAGACCAGCUGUGAAGAACCUAAAGCUGCAGGAAAGGGUCGAUGUUCAUGUCGACAGCACAACAUAACCUGCACCGAUCUGUGCAGGUGCAUCAAUUGUAAAAAUUCAGCUCAAGCAGAGCAUAAUAUGGAUGAGGAAGAUACAGACAAUGAAGAUGAAGACUAGAUGUCUGAAAGCUUAUGUAUCUUGCCGCAUUCAUUCACAGUAAUGUAAAUUUGUUCUGGUCUGAACUUGUUUGACCUCUGACAUAAUUAGGUUAGCUGUGAGUAUGUGACCCAGUAUGUGAGGUCAGUCAGGUCACUGUAGAGAACCUACCAUCUAUUCUAUCCAUCUAUAUCAAUUCAUUUGUUUAAUAUUUAUGCAUCAAAAUCACUUGCGAUGUAAGCAGCAAGAAUAGUUUGUGACUUGGUAGGGAAUUCUUAUAUUUCGAGUUGUAUUAACAGCAAACCAAUUCAUUUGUUUUAUAUUUAUGCAUCAAAAUCACUUGCGAUGUAAGCAGCAAGAAUAGUAUGUGACUUGGUAGAGAAUUCUUAUAUUCAAGUUGUAUUAACAGCAAACCAAUUCAUUUGUUUUAUAUUUAUGCAUCAAAAUCACUUGCGAUGUAAGCAGCAAGAAUAGUUUGUGACUUGGUAGAGAAUUCUUAUAUUUCGAGUUGUAUUAACAGCAAACCAAUUCAUUUGUUUUAUAUUUAUGCAUCAAAAUCACUUGCGAUGUAAGCAGCAAGAUAGUAUGUGACUUGGUAGAGAAUUCUUAUAUUCGAGUUGUAUUAACAGCAAACCAAUUCAUUUGUUUUAUAUUUAUGCAUCAAAAUCACUUGCGAUGUAAGCAGCAAGAUAGUAUGUGACUUGGUAGAGAAUUCUUAUAUUCGAGUUGUAUUAACAGCAAACCAAUUCAUUUGUUUUAUAUUUAUGCAUCAAAAUCACUUGCGAUGUAAGCAGCAAGAUAGUAUGUGACUUGGUAGAGAAUUCUUAUAUUCGAGUUGUAUUAACAGCAAACCAAUUCAUUUGUUUUAUAUUUAUGCAUCAAAAUCACUUGCGAUGUAAGCAGCAAGAUAGUAUGUGACUUGGUAGAGAAUUCUUAUAUUCGAGUUGUAUUAACAGCAAACCAAUUCAUUUGUUUUAUAUUUAUGCAUCAAAAUCACUUGCGAUGUAAGCAGCAAGAUAGUAUGUGACUUGGUAGAGAAUUCUUAUAUUCGAGUUGUAUUAACAGCAAACCAAUUCAUUUGUUUUAUAUUUAUGCAUCAAAAUCACUUGCGAUGUAAGCAGCAAGAUAGUAUGUGACUUGGUAGAGAAUUCUUAUAUUCGAGUUGUAUUAACAGCAAACCAAUUCAUUUGUUUUAUAUUUAUGCAUCAAAAUCACUUGCGAUGUAAGCAGCAAGAUAGUAUGUGACUUGGUAGAGAAUUCUUAUAUUCGAGUUGUAUUAACAGCAAACCAAUUCAUUUGUUUUAUAUUUAUGCAUCAAAAUCACUUGCGAUGUAAGCAGCAAGAUAGUAUGUGACUUGGUAGAGAAUUCUUAUAUUCGAGUUGUAUUAACAGCAAACCAAUUCAUUUGUUUUAUAUUUAUGCAUCAAAAUCACUUGCGAUGUAAGCAGCAAGAUAGUAUGUGACUUGGUAGAGAAUUCUUAUAUUCGAGUUGUAUUAACAGCAAACCAAUUCAUUUGUUUUAUAUUUAUGCAUCAAAAUCACUUGCGAUGUAAGCAGCAAGAAUAGUUUGUGACUUGGUAGAGAAUUCUUAUAUUCGAGUUGUAUUAACAGCAAACCAAUUCAUUUGUUUUAUGUUUAUGCAUCAAAAUCACUUGCGAUGUAAGCAGCAAGAAUAGUUUGUAACUUUUCCAACUACUUGUAGAAGUGAUAGAGAAUAAUUAUGUAUGUAUUUCGAGCAGUAUUAACAGAACACUAUUUCACCUGUUUCAUAUUUAUGGAUCGUAAUCAUGUGCGAUGUAGUGCAAGAAUAGUUUGUCAAUUUUCUUGUGACUUGUAAAGAAAUAGUACAUUUUUUUACAGUGCUUGUUUAGAACUGAAUGUUAGAAUUUUCUGUCCUCAAACCUCAGCCAUGUUUAUACAGUAUAAUUCAGUGUAAGUCAGGUGUCCAUAUCAUAAGUGUAUAAAUCAACUAACAGGUGAUAUUCAACUUCUUAUUUGAGCAUAUUUAUCAUGGUUAAUAUAUCAUUAUGUGAAUAUUCAUUACCAGAAGUUGCCUAUAUUUACAAGUAGCUUGGUAUUACGAUGCGAGAGAAAGAAAUUUUCUACUGAGAUAUUUAGUGUUGCAAGAAGUACUAGUUUGUCUCAAUAUUGUGACGAUUUUGUAACAGUUUCAUAUGAAUUUGUAUUGGAAUUUAUCUCUGUCCUUAAAAAGAUUAUAUAAUGCUGAAGAUUUUGGUUUACGUACACGUAUGGCUUACUUUAUAUUUAUGUUUUGUUUACCGGGUAUAUAUAUUUUGAUAGUGAUUCAAAGCUAAUGAACCGGUUUACAUUGGUACACAUGAUUAGUAUGUGCAUGCAUAACGUUAUCAUUACACUGCAAACUCAAUGGAUGUGCAAGACAGAAUAAGAAUAGAAAAGUUAAUGACAUAUUUUCAUAAAAUGCUGUUAAUGAAGAAAAGCUGAAAAUGUAAAAUAAUAACUACAUGCAUUUCUUAUGUGUCAUAUGUGCAAGUUAUGAUAAUUGUUCAGUAAUGUGAUCAAUAUUAUACAUAUUGAAUAUGAUGAUGCCUUU